CACCAAGUUCUCCUAUGAAAGAAACCAUUAACAAACACCAAACAAUGCAUAAUUCUCUCUUUCGCCACUUCAUAAUCUCUGCCGUGCUGGUGGCGGCUCUGCUCAUCGCCUCCGUUAAUGCUGGAGACAACGAGUUCAGCUGGAUGGAUGUAAAACCACGGUGCAAUGGAUCACUAGCAGAUUGCAUCGACGGAGGUGAAUUCGAAAUGGAUUCUGAAAUCAAUCGGCGCAUUCUAGCAACCACCAAGUACAUUAGCUAUGGCGCGCUGCAAGCUAAUAAUGUGCCGUGCUCGAGGAGAGGCGCGUCGUACUACAACUGCCGUCCAGGUGCUCAAGCUAACCCCUAUACCCGGGGGUGCUCCGCCGUCACGCAGUGCCGGAGUUAGGUUUUGAUCGAUUCUUAUAUAUACAUUUGUAUGUAUCAAUCAUGACUGUGUAAUUGUGUUCAUAAUAAUUGGUGUUUUUUGUGCUGAAAUACCAUGGUUUGUGCCUUACGGACUUGUGAUCUAUUAAUUAUAAUUUGAUUUUUAUUUUUA